CUCGUUCGCAGAAUCUGAAAUUUGAAGCUGCUCCCAAACAACAAUCCUUCCUGGCCACGAUCUAAGGGCUUCGACGAACAGAAGCAACUAGACAGCAGACCGAACUUCAGUAUGGCGUCCAUAGCUCGCGGCUGCAAGCUGCGGUCUCUGCCACGGCGGUCGCCAAUAGCACCAUUCCAGUCGUCCCCAUUACGAAGCUUUGCAACCGCUGUGGAAACCCCCUCCUCGCUAUCAGACACACCCGCCGUUCCACCACCAGCGCCCGAAGCCUCACCCAGCCCUCAGUCGAUACCAGUAUCCCGUCCCCGCCUCGAAGAGCACUACUACAAUUCCCUCCUGGAAGAUCUCCUCGUGCUCACAUACGAUCACAGCUCGGCGCACGCCUCGCUCUCGCACCUCGCCACACAGAAGGAAUGGCAACGCAGCCUGCCGCCUAACCCGCUGCAGGCGCUCUACUCGGUGAAGGUCGAGCAGCUGCCGACAUACCCGGGUUCCGACACGGUGACGAACCUGCUGACCCUGGAGAAUGCGAAGGUCAAGGAGGUGGUGCUGAAACGGGUGUUUAGGCGGGGUUCUUUCAACCCGAUCGAUUAUACGACGGUGGCGAAGGAGAGGUUGUUUAGGAGGGAGGAUGCGCCGCCGCCGCCGCCGUACUCGCCGUUGCCGUCGAGAGUGCCGAUUGUGUCGAGGGUGGUGUUGAGGAUUUGGGACGAGAGUGCUGUGCAGAACAAAAUGGUCCUGCUAUCAGCCAUCAUGUCCCUCCAAGCCAUCUCCGGCGUGCGCGCCGAACCCAUCUUCGCAACAGCCGGCGACGCGGCCAAGAAGAUCCGCGCCGGAAUGCCGCUCGGCGCCCAGGUCGAGCUCCGCGGCGUGCGCAUGUACGAGUUCCUCGACAAACUCACCCAGACCGUGCUCCCCCGUCUGCGUGAAUGGAACGGGAUCAACCCUGUCGGCGACGACAACGGGUCCAUAACCCUCCGCCUCCCGGGCCCCGCCGUCGGUUACUUCCCGGAUAUCGAACCCCAUUUCGACAUGUACCCGAAGCUGUUCGACACGGACAUCGUUGUGCAGACCACGGGAAAGAGCGAUUGGGAGACUGUCAUGUGCUUGUCGGGGUUCCAGAUCCCGUUCUUGGAAGAGCGGGUUGUGGCGAAGGAGAAGGAAGAGGCGGAUUCUAAUGACCCGUGGGCCAAAUUUAGGAAACCGAAGACGAGGGAGGAGAGACAGGCUAUGGCUGAGAAGGCAAAGAAGGCGGGUUCCAAGAAGUAGGGAAACCCUCCAUGGUCCACAGAGUCAUGCAUGUAGUGAUGGCUAUAGCGGGUACACGGCUUUUACUCCGCGCCCAGGUUUUCUUUACAUACACAUUAUAUAUUUGGAGCCCGAUGCAAUGGCUGGCUAUCAGCGUCAACCUAGAAAUUACGCCUGCAUGCAAAUGUCUAUAGACAAGAGAUAUUAGCUACCACCCCACACUGGACAUCCUCCAUCUCACACUUCAGAUUUCUUAACAGCAGCUUCUCUCUCCACCGCCCUAACUACCUCUCUACUCGCAUAAUCCGCCGCCCUAAUCGGCUCUGGCACUCUAAAAACACUACACCACGCCGUCAACUCCACCGACGUCCUCAACGAGAUCCGGUGUCCCGGAGAGACAAACACCGGGUUGGCGGCGUCUGAUGUUGCUCGUAACGCCUACGAAAUCGGGAAAUGGAUUCAAUCGUGCUGUGGCAGGCUUUUGUUUGGAGGC